CGUUCACGUUGACGUGUUUCAGUAUCCUUCGGUCCGCCGUGAGGGGCGGUCGUGCUGCUCCAGAAAUUACGACCCUGACGUGUUAGUUCGACCGUUCAUUAUAUAACCGUGUGCUGUUUGUUUAGUGAGCCAGCCCUAUUGUGAACAUCGGAUGUAUUGAACUUUACCAAGAAUGCGCACAUCAAGCCACCGAACUUGAAAAGCAAAGGCGCAACUAUGGGCUCAUCACACUAUAGCAGAGUCCUCGCAUGGUGAUGUGCUCAGCAUGAGCAGGGGCAGUUGGCUGGCGAUGGUGGCGUUGGUGGUGGUAGUGGGGGCAGUACGCGGCUGGGACUGCGUCUGCAACCCCAGGGAGUGCGAGGUGUUGGAGCCUAGUGGCUGUCCAGGCAUGGGGAUCGUGGUUUGGGAUCCGUGCAGAUGCUGUAAAGUAUGCGCGAGGACGUUAGGAGAGGACUGCGGCGGGUUUAGUGGGACAUGUGAGCCGGGACUCAAGUGUAUGGACGGGUCGUGCACCCCAAUAACGUGAACGAAAGUGUACUCACCUGUAAUAUAUGUGUAUAGUGUUGAUAGAAACAAUACAUAUCUCUGACAACGUAGCCAACGAGAGGACCAUGCGGAAGUAGACGCCGAAGCUUCAUAUUGGGUGACAAUAAAAUGCAUGCGUUUGUAACAGAGACAUUACGAACGAGUAUUGUUACUAUGUCGAUAUGUUCUAAAGAUUAUUUUCUUGAACGAGCGCAAAUUUCAUUUUAAUGCCCCUAACCCGAGGGAGGCGCGAUUAAAUCGAGAUCUUUGUGCUUUUCAUUCGUAAUACAUCCAUUCAGCUGCGUGAAGGUUUUUGAAUUUAACGACGUCAGACAAAAUACUUUUUUCUGGAAUAUUACGUAAUCUUUUUACCGAUUCGCUUUGUUCAUUAUGUUCGAAUGUUCUUUUUUGUGUCACGUCUGUACUUUUAUAUCUGAUGAUGUAUCGGAAAAGUUUCGACGUGUUACAUAAACAGCUAAUGUGUUGUUACAUACGGACAAAAGGUAUUGUGUUACAACUUUCUCUGUGAAACGUGAACCCGAAAGGAUUCUCGGUAAACGCCUAAGUAAUAUAAUUCCAUUAAAUAUACAGAACAUUAUUUUCUCUGCCGUAUGUUAAAUCUUAUUUUAAGAUUUUCUUUAAUCAUUGGUGAACCCAAGCGUGGAAUAAGUAUGUGCUUUAAUUAAAUGAUUAAUUUGCCAUCGUUAAAAUUAUGUCUGUAAAAUGUUGGUAAUGAUAUUUUGUAAUUACAUAUUAAUUAAUGAACCCUUUCCAAUAGAGCAUGUCUGAUUAAAUGCUAUUAAUAAAAGAUAAUAUCGAUGAAGGAAGUGGGUGGAAGAACCGAAUUGGAAAAUAUUUUUGUAUGUAAAAUUAAUUAAAGUGAAAAUUCUAAAACGAAUAAGUAAUUAAAUGUAAGUAAAAAUAUAUUUCCAUUGA